CGUGAGAAAUAAGCAGGACGGAACAAGCGGGAAGCGCUGAUAACCAGCCCCGGGUCGCUUCGUCGCCGCGCAUAAAAGGCUCUCGGGUCCCUUCCUCGCCACCAGUGGCCAGCCAUGAAGUCCCUCGUGCUCUGCCUGCUCCUCGCCGGGGCCUUCGCCGCCCCCUCCAGGAAGCCCACCUUCCGCCGCGGUCUGAACAAGAUCGUCGGAGGAACUGACGUCACUCCUGGUGAGCUUCCUUACCAGCUCAGUUUCCAGGACGUCUCCUUCGGUUUCGCCUUCCACUUCUGCGGUGCCUCCAUCUACAACGAAAAUUGGGCCAUCUGCGCCGGCCACUGCGUCCAGGGCGAGGACAUGAACAACCCCGAUUACCUUCAGGUUGUUGCUGGAGAGCACAACAGGAAUGUGGAUGAGGGCAAUGAGCAGACGAUCAUCCUGUCCAAGAUCAUCCAACACGAGGACUACAACGGUUUCACCAUCAGCAACGACAUCUCCCUUCUCAAGCUGUCUCAGCCUCUGACCUUCAACGACUUCGUGGGCCCCAUUGCCCUUCCCGAAGCAGGUCACGCUGCCUCUGGUGACUGCAUCGUGUCCGGCUGGGGCGCUCUGUCUGAAGGAGGAAGCUCCCCCAGUGUCCUCCAGAAGGUGUCCGUUCCCAUCGUGUCUGACGCCGAGUGUCGCGAUGCUUAUGGCCAAACGACGUUCGAUGACUCCAUGAUCUGUGCUGGAGUGCCCGAGGGCGGCAAGGACUCGUGCCAGGGUGACUCUGGCGGCCCCAUGGUUUGCUCUGACACCGGCUCCCCCUACCUGGCCGGCAUCGUGUCCUGGGGCUACGGCUGUGCCCGUCCCAACUACCCUGGCGUCUACACCGAGGUUGCUUACUUCGUUGACUGGGUCCUGGCUAAUGCUGUCUACAGCAUUAGCCAGGACCCAGUCAACGAAGUAAGCAACCUCGGUGUAGACGCCAGGGUAGUUGGGACGGGCACAGCCGUAGCCCCAGGACACGAUGCCGGCCAGGUAGGGGGAGCCGGUGUCAGAGCAAGCCAUGGGGCCGCCAGAGUCACCCUGGCACGAGUCCUUGCCGCCCUCGGGCACUCCAGCACAGAUCAUGGAGUCAUCAACGUCGUUUUGGCCAUAAGCAUCGCGACACUCGGCGUCAGACACGAUGGGAACGGACACCUUCUGGAGGACACUGGGGGAGCUUCCUCCUUCAGACAGAGCGCCCCAGCCGGACACGAUGCAUUCACCAGAGGCAGCGUGACCUGCUUCGGGAAGGGCAAUGGGGCCCACGAAGUCGUUGAAGGUCAGAGGCUGAGACAGCUUGAGCAGGGAGAUGUCGUUGCUGAUGGUGAAACCGUUGUAGUCCUCGUGUUGGAUGAUCUUGGACAGGAUGAUCGUCUGCUCGUUGCCCUCAUCCACAUCCCUGUUGGCUUUUGGAAUGGAUGCGAGACCCACCUGAAGGUAAUCGGGGUUGUUCAUGUCCUCGCCCUGGACGCAAUGGCCGGCGCAGAUGGCCCAAUUUUCGUUGUAGAUGGAGGCACCGCAGAAGUGGAAGGCGAAGCCGAAGGAGACGUCCUGGAAGCUGAGCUGGUAGGGAAGCUCACCAGGAGUGACGUCAGUUCCUCCGACGAUCUUGUUCAGACCGCGGCGGAAGGACCGACCAUGAAGGCUGUAGUGCUGUGCCUGCUCCUCGCCGGGGCCCUCGCCGCCCCCUCCAGGAAGCCUACCUUCCGCCGCGGUCUGAACAAGAUCGUCGGAGGAACUGACGUCACUCCUGGUGAGCUUCCCUACCAGCUCAGCUUCCAGGACGUCUCCUUCGGCUUCCCCUUCCACUUCUGCGGUGCCUCCAUCUACAACGAAAAUUGGGCCAUCUGCGCCGGCCAUUGCGUCCAGGGCGAGGACAUGAACAACCCCGAUUACCUUCAGGUUGUUGCUGGAGAGCACAACAGGGAUGUGGAUGAGGGCAACGAGCAGACGAUCAUCCUGUCCAAGAUCAUCCAACACGAGGACUACAACGGUUUCACCAUCAGCAACGACAUCUCUCUGCUCAAGCUGUCUCAGCCUCUGACCUUCAACGACUACGUGGGCCCCAUUGCCCUUCCCGAAGCAGGUCACGCUGCCUCUGGUGAAUGCAUCGUGUCCGGCUGGGGCGCUCUGUCUGAAGGAGGAAGCUCCCCCAGUGUCCUCCAGAAGGUGUCCGUUCCCAUCGUGUCCGACGCCGAGUGUCGCGAUGCUUAUGGCCAAAACGACGUCGAUGACUCCAUGAUCUGUGCUGGAGUGCCCGAGGGCGGCAAGGACUCGUGCCAGGGUGACUCUGGCGGCCCCAUGGCUUGCUCUGACACCGGCUCCCCCUACCUGGCCGGCAUCGUGUCCUGGGGCUACGGCUGUGCCCGUCCCAACUACCCUGGCGUCUACACCGAGGUUGCUUACUUCGUUGACUGGGUCCUGGCUAAUGCUGUCUAAAUGAUCAUCAUAAAUACAUGAAAUAAAGAUUCAAAUUGCGAGAAA